GUGAACAGCAUUGCAUCCAAUCAGUGUCACAACCAGCAGCAGCACCUCAAUGACUCACUUGUUUGACAAGUAAAACACAUGGAUUGACAACUACGACUUAAUUUAAGGUCUUUUUUUGACAAACCCUGGGAGAACGCUGUCCAUCAUGAUAGGAAAUCCUGUUCUUUACUCAAGACUCUUGUUUGUCUUUGUGCCGGUCUGUGCAGCUGUCAUGUCGUUCAUCAUGUGUUCAGAUGCUGCAAGAGCCAGUCCCAUAACAACCCAAGUGGACUAUGGAGUGAGACACAAUGUCCUGAGACGACUGUACCCUCCACACAGUCAACACCGUCCCCUCUUUACUGGUCUUCCAUCAACCGAAACUGGACUCCAAACUGGAACUAAUGGUGAAAUUGAGACUAGCGGGAAUUACAGAGGAGCCUCGUCAAUCAUUGACCGCCGAUCAAACCCUGUAUGGUUUACAGAAGGCAGCUAUAGUUACAAUCAAAACAGCCCAGAUAACAGACAGUAUCGAGCAGGAGUGAGGCCGGCCGGCAGCAGCAGCUACCGCCCUCUCUCUUAUAACUCAGUGAUCAUUAGAAAGUCAUCUCUCAAUAAAGCUGCCGGUCCCUCUCAUCAGAGUUCUGAAGAUGCUCAGAAAUCCUACAUGAAUGAAAAAGUUCCUUCUCUUUUUUCAUCCCAGACUGAUAGAUAUUGGAGCACUCCACUGCCAACUUCAAGAGGGCUUUACAGAAGCUAUAAAGACACAAAUGAGCUCGCUGCAGCCGGGGCGCGGAGUACAUCUAGUGGGAUUCAAUCAAACAAAUAUUUCGGCUUCGCGAGUCAAACUGCCCCUCAUGCACCAUCAAUCAGCAACGGCUUAGACGCCUCUGUUAUUAAAAGCAUCCCCAGCCCAGAAAAACUGACGGAUUUCUCUCAGGGGUGGCAUUCGGUGAGUAGUGGCGACACACCGAGACACAAAAAGGUCCAGUCGUAUCUGUUCAAGGACCCCCAGACGUCUCUCGGUGGACACGAGACAGUUCAUGGUAGUGGACCCACAACAGCACAUAAGCAAAGGGCCUCUGAUUCAGAACAUUACAGCAGGUUUUCUUCAAAUGUUAAACAAUUACAAAGAAAAGACCCAAUCGAGGCAGUACAACAUCUCUCUGAUAAUGCCAAUCCACUGUAUCAUAAUGCUAAUGUGGCACAGUAUGGCGCUCAGACAGGCGUUAAUACUAAACACACCACUCAAAUCUCAGUAUAUCCUGCUCCAGGGAAAGACGCCACCAUGGGAAGUUUUGUCCCUACACCUCAUGCAGAUUUCCGGGCUACUGGCAGCAGUAAAUCUGUAGUAAGUGGCUCCGUUAAUACAAACACAAGAGGAUCAAUGCAUGCUCACACACCUGGACGAGACGUAAAAAGCAUCUAUGGCUUCAGAGGAUUUGAAAAUCCUACACGGACGCCUAUUCUCUCCUCCAAUGAAAGGACCAAUGCUAGAGGAUACAGCUUCGACAAAGGAAAGGGCUAUAAAAUCACAAAUAUGUACCCUUCUUUGUCACCAAAGUACAGCUUUGGUCAGAGAGGAGCAAAACCUGAGAGGACACCCACUCCAUCUCCUGGCACACAUCAGGAUUUCACAUCAGGAUUUGCCAGCGAUGCCAGUGUGGUGGACCGGAGCCCAGAUCCCAGACAGUUGAGAAUCCACAGAAGGAUAUAUGGUCUCAAAGGAUUUAGCACUCGACCACUCGAGGGAGCUAAAACUUUAGCUGGUGAGCCAGAUAAGUCUGCCAGAGUCCAGCAGGGUUUUGAAGGUUUUAAAGUUAGAAGCUCACAGACCUGGCAACCAAGAAGCAGCCAAAAUGAGCAAAGCAGCGAAGAACUUAAACCACUUUUACAGACUGAAUCCGUCACCAGCUUUACACCUGACGAAUACCAAAAGAGACGCAAAAACUACUCGUUCCCAGGAUUUCUGCCUAUUCAAACCAGAAUUGUAAAUGCUAAUAAUAACAAAACACACAAACAAAAAACAGCAAAUCACAUAAAGUCCUCAUCUUAUGUCAGAUCAGCAGAGAAACUUGAAUCCCGCCCAAAAUCUGAGCUAAGAACCCCCAAGGAAACCAAACCUGUUGAAAGAAAGGCGAGCCUGUUCAACCGUUCCACCAGCAGCACAGUGAGAGGCAAACGCGUGAGAGGAAACGGCGAGAAGCUCAAUGCAUCCACUCCCACUUACGUAAAUGCACCCAUCGUCAGGCUGUCUAAGCGGCCUGCCAGGGUCAUAACCGCCACGUACGCCGACAUACUUGGAAGUGCCUCGUUCAGUGGUGUCACAGCUACGACCCAGACCUCAAUCACACCCACCGAUAACACUGCAGCUACAACCGAGCUAAAAGAAGAGGCCGGUCAUUGGACCAUAAAGGAUGCUGUGCUUAGUAGAGACAACACAAGCAGAGGUCCUGAUGAGGUAGAAGAUGUUGAGGAAAACAAGUUUAGUUUUAGAAGUGAAGACAGUGACAUGAAAACAUCAGUUUUAUUCCUGGAUAAUGAAGGAAGUGGAAGUGGGGCUUUUAAUAUGUUUGAUGUUUUGUCAACCGAUACCACAAAGAGUCUUAGCGAGGAUUCCUCAGAGCUGGAAUAUCUACGAAUAUCAACGUCUCCUUCAAGUCAAUGAAACUGUCCCACACUGAGACAUGAGAGAAAGUUGUGUGAAUUGACACGUUGUUGGAACAAUCCCAAUAAAAGUUUGAAAAGUA